AUGGUAGCAAGAAUUGGGAGUGGACUCGGAGACUGGAUCCUGGCGACCAUCUUUUGGAUAUCUCAUGGCCACGACACACCCGCUCCCCGCGUUAUAAUUGCUGCGCGAGUCAAAAUGACGGCAGGGAUCAUUCCGUUCUCCACGGUCACAGUGUUCGAAUCGACCAUCCUACAGACGACAUUCGUGACAGUUCAUGCUUCUACUCUUACGGGUCUGCCAACAACAUCCGGACUUCGCAGCUCCAACUCUCAUGAUUUAUCAUCAGCUUCAGCGAUACGAAGCUCAGCACUGGCUGGUACGCACACAGCAUUUCCAUCUGUCUUAGUCUCACCAUCGACAUCCUCCUCAGUCAUUCCCGCCGUCAUGGCAUCUCCAAGCACAGCGCCACAAUCGACUGCUAUUCCAAUUGCAGGGAAGGAUGGCGAACAAAAGUCGCAUAAGAUCGCAAUUGUCGGCGGUCUGACUGGAACGAUCGCUGGACUUAUUUUCAUUGGUGUGAUACUUUGUCUGCUACUGCGCAGGCGCCGGAAGAAGGCAGAACACCCAGGCGGGAUGGACUGGGCAGCGAGAGAAGAUACACCGACUCCGCAUGUAGUGGAGAAAAGCUUCUUCGCCGCAGGCGUUCACUCACGGCCGGGUACAGCUGUGACCAGAGACGAUCGCAUCAUUCACAUCAACACUCGCCACUGGUCGCGUCCGUUUGCUUUGGGCGCUGGUGAGGGUUAUCGAGAAUCGAUCCCGGCUGGUCAACUUCGCUGCACAAACCCUGAUCCCUCACGUCCAAACACGUCACAAACAAUCCCAAAGACCCCUCCAACGCUCUUCAACCGGAAACGCUCACUCUCGAGAACGACAGAAAUGUCGCAGCGACAUUCGCUAGCACAAGAAGUUCCGCCAGUCCCCCCGGUUCCCCCAGUUCUCCCACUCCCUACCAUCAAAGUCGUGGACCCUAUCCUUUCACGCGAAUUGAUAUCGCGAUACUCAGGCACGCCGUCAUUCAAAUCAUAUCCGUCCAUCAGCACAGUGCAAGUGGCACAACAACCUUCUGAUGAUCCUUUUCGUACCCCAAGUACGGGGCAAUCCAUCGAAAGCGAACAGACAGAGCGAUCCAGCGCACCUCGUCCCACCACCGCGGCAAGCAAAACAUGGGCCCACAUAUUGAAUCCUCUUCGAAGUCGCUCCCCGAGCUGUCUUGAACUGAGAGCGCGAGCUUCGUCGGAAUGCUCUGUCGAUACAGUCUCAUCAUCGGCGAGGUUCUCGAGGCGGAGCGACCCUUUUGAUCUCGAUCGACAGAGCAGGAAUUGGAACGCCGGCAGUGAGGUUCGGUCGAAAAGCCACUUUACGAGGCGGAGCCAGAUCUUGUAUGAGGGAACUUGA